CAGGUUAUGCUUUGAUUCAACUUGUCAAAUUUAUGAGUCUGGUGACCGAGUCUGCUGCAGCAGUGUUAAAAGAAGGCAUUGUGCAUAAGGAAUUACUUCAAUUAUAUGGAAAGGUGCGUGUUGGGGUUUUUCCCGAGGUGCUUAUGUGGUAAUAGUCUAUUUCCUGUAUAUUGAGGUGACAUUUGAAUAAGAUGGCACGGGGAAGGAUAAGGGCAAAGCUCCGGAGGAGCAGUCUAUACACAUUUGGAUGUUACCGGCCGCAUCUUGACGAGGCAGAGGAGCCACAUCUAUUCCAAGGCCCUGGAUAUUCGCGAACGGUUUACUGCAACCAGCCUCAUCUCCACCAAACGAAACCUCUUAAGUACAGCUCAAAUUAUAUAUCAACCACAAAGUACAAUGUCAUUACAUUCCUGCCCAAGGCCAUCUUUGAACAAUUUCGUCGUGUUGCCAAUGUGUACUUCCUUCUAGCUGCUAUUCUCUCAUUCUCCCCCAUUGCACCGUUCUCAGCUAUCAGUAUGGUUGCUCCUCUGGCCCUUGUGCUUGGGAUCAGUAUGGCAAAGGAAGCUUUGGAAGAUUGGCGCAGAUUUGUGCAGGAUAUGAAGGUAAAUCUGAGUAAGACUAGUGUUCUUAAAAAGGAUGGUCUGUUUGGUUAUAAGCCGUGGAUGAAGAUUCGGGUUGGAGACGUGGUGAAAGUGGUAAAGGAUCAAUUCUUUCCUGCAGAUUUGCUUCUUUUGUCGUCUAGUUAUGAGGAUGGGAUAUGUUAUGUGGAGACUAUGAACUUAGAUGGAGAGACAAACCUGAAGGUAAAAAGAGCUUUGGAGGUAACUUUGCCCUUGGAUGACGAUGUAGCUUUUAAGGAUUUCACUGGAACGAUCAGAUGUGAAGACCCCAAUCCUAACCUCUACACUUUUGUAGGUAAUCUUGAAUAUGAUCGUCAGGUUUAUCCUCUCGAUCCUGGUCAGAUUCUCCUUAGAGAUUCAAAGCUUAGGAAUACAGGUUAUGUGUAUGGAGUGGUUAUAUUCACGGGCCAAGAUAGCAAAGUCAUGCAAAAUGCUACAAAGUCUCCUUCAAAAAGGAGCAGGAUUGAAAAACAGAUGGACAGAAUCAUUUACAUCCUUUUCAGCCUCCUUGUGUUGAUUUCAUUGAUCAGCUCAAUAGGAUUUACUGUUAAGACAAAAUACCAGAUGCCAGACUGGUGGUACUUGCAAGCCCCGGAUGACCAAAAUCUCUACAACCCGUACAAGCCAACCUUGUCGGCCAUUUAUCAUCUGGUCACUGCUCUUAUCCUUUAUGGAUAUUUAAUACCCAUCUCACUCUAUGUUUCAAUUGAGGCCGUAAAAUUCCUGCAAGCAUUGUUCAUUAACCAGGACAUACACAUGUAUGAUGAAGAGAGUGGAACUCCUGCUCAAGCUCGGACGUCCAAUUUAAACGAGGAAUUAGGCCAGAUUAGCACAAUCCUCUCUGAUAAAACUGGCACUUUGACAUGCAACCAAAUGGACUUCCUCAAGUGCUCCAUUGCUGGCACUGCAUAUGGCAAGCGUGCCAGUGAUGUAGAACUUGCUGCUGCAAAGCAGAUGGCUAUGGACCUUGAUGGGCAGGAACCACAGACGUCAAACAACCCCAUCCCUAGCAAUGGUGGACAUGUUUUACAGGAGAAUGGUGGACAUGGAUUUGGGGUGUCAGAAAUUGAACUGGAGACUGUCGUUACUUCUAGAGAUGAAAAGGACCAUAGACCUGUGAUAAAGGGCUUUAGCUUUGAAGAUAGCCGCCUCAUGAAUGGAAAUUGGUCAAAAGAGCCCAAUGCGGACAUCAUUUUGCUAUUUUUCCGGAUAAUUGCACUUUGCCACACUGCAAUUCCUGAGGUCAAUGAAGAGACAGGCAGCUUUAACUAUGAAGCAGAGUCACCAGAUGAAGGAGCUUUUCUUGUUGCAGCAAGAGAGUUUGGCUUUGAGUUUUGUAAAAGAACUCAAUCAAGCAUAUUUAUUCGAGAGAGAGGUCCUUCUUUUCAAGAGUCUAUUGAAAGGAAGUUCAAAAUUCUUAAUCUUUUGGAUUUCACUAGCAAAAGGAAGCGAAUGUCUGUUAUUGUCCGGGAUGAGUAUGGACAGAUUCUCCUCCUGUGCAAAGGAGCUGACAGCAUCAUUUUUGACCGGUUAUCUAAAAGUGGAAGAAUGUUUGAGGAAGCUACCACAAAGCAUCUGAAUGAGUAUGGGGAAGUUGGGUUGCGUACACUGGCACUUGCUUACAGGAAGCUUGAAGAGGCUGAGUAUUCUGCUUGGAACGAAGAGUUCCAUAAAGCAAAAACUUCCAUUAGUGCUGAUAGGGAAGCAAUGCUGGAACGAGUAUCUGAUCUGAUGGAAAGGGAUUUGAUGCUUGUGGGUGCAACUGCUGUGGAGGACAAACUGCAAAAGGGGGUGCCUCAGUGCAUAGAUAAACUGGCACAAGCUGGUCUCAAGAUUUGGGUUCUGACAGGUGAUAAGAUGGAAACUGCAAUUAACAUAGGUUAUGCAUGUAGUCUGCUCCGACAGGGCAUGAAGCAGAUCUGUAUAACAACAAUGAAUUCAGACAUGUUAGGCCAAGAUUCCAAAGAGGCUGUGAAGGAGAACAUUUUGAUGCAAAUCACCAAUGCCUCACAAAUGGUCAAGCUCGAAAAGGAUCCUCAUGCUGCAUUUGCCAUAAUUAUUGAUGGGAAGACUCUCACUUAUGCUUUAGAGGAUGACAUGAAGAAUCAAUUCUUGAAAUUAGCAGUGGAUUGUGCAUCCGUCAUAUGUUGUCGUGUGUCUCCUAUGCAAAAAGCCUUGAUUACAAGAUUGGUUAAAGAAGGAACUGGGAAGACCACCUUAGCUAUCGGUGAUGGUGCAAAUGAUGUUGGUAUGAUUCAAGAAGCAGACAUUGGUGUUGGCAUCAGUGGGGCAGAAGGAAUGCAGGUUGGUAAUAUAUCUGACAGUCUCCUCUUUUUUCAUGACAAGGCUGUGAAGGUGUUCGGAUAA